AUGUCGCCAGCAACCACGCAAGAAGGCAGCCUGGGUGGCACAGACCCACGGGAGCCACCAGCGAUGUCACGCCUCUUCUUCGCCUGCCUGCUGGCCGUCUUCCCAGUGGUCUCCAUGAAGAGUCCCAUAUUCGGUCCUCAGGAUGUGAGCAGUGUGGAAGGCAGCUCAGUGUCCAUCAAGUGCUACUAUCCGGCCACCUCUGUCAACCGGCAUACCCGGAAGUACUGGUGCCGGCAGGGAUCCAGGGGCCGCUGCACUACCCUCAUCUCCUCAGAGGGCUACGUCUCCAAGGACUAUGAGGGCAGAGCCAACCUCACCAACUUCCCAGAGAGCGGCACAUUUGUGAUGAGCAUCAGCCAUCUCACUCGGAAUGACUCGGGGCUCUACAAGUGUGGUCUGGGCAUUAGCAGCAGAGGCCUGUCCUUUGAUGUGAGCCUGGAAGUCAGUCAAGUUUCUGGGCAGAUAAAUGGCGUCCACGUCUACACAGCAGACCUGGGCAGAACGGUGACCAUCAACUGCCCUUUCAGGGCUGAGAAUUCUCAGAAGAGGAAAUCUUUGUGCAAGAAGACAGGCCAGAGCUGCGUGCUAGUCAUCGACUCCACUGAGUAUGUGAGCCCCAGCUACAGCAACAGAGUACGUCUCAGUAUUCAGGGUACCAACCAAUUAGUGUUUAGCGUUAUCAUCAACCGAAUCCAGCUUAGCGAUGCUGGGAUGUAUGUCUGCCAGGCUGGGGACGAUGCCAGCGCCGACAAGAGCAACGCCGACCUCCAAGUGCUGAAGCCCGAGCCUGAGCUGAUUUACGGAGACCUCAGGGGCUCGGUGACCUUUGACUGUGCCCUGGGCCCCGAGAUGGCAAAUGUGGCCAAAUUUCUGUGCCGGCUAAAAAAUGCGGAAGCUUGCAGUGUGAUCAUCAACACGCUGGGGAAGAAGGCUCAGGACUUUGAGGGCAGGAUCCUGUUCACUCCCAAGGAUAAGGGUUUCUUCAGUGUGCAUAUCACCGGCCUGAGGAAAGAGGAUGCAGGGCUCUACCUGUGCGGAGCCCACCCUAAUGGUGAGCCUCAGGAAGGCUGGCCCACCCAGGCUUGGCAACUCUUCGUCAAUGAAGAGACCAUGAUUCCCCCAAGUCGGCCUGUGGUGAAAGGAGUGGUGGGAAGCUCCGUGACCGUGUCCUGCGCCUACAACCCGAAGGAAACAGACAGCCUGAAGUACUGGUGUCGCUGGGAAGACACUCAAGACGGCCGCUGCCCGCAGCUGGUGCAGAGCGGGGGGCUGGUCAAGGAGCAGUACGAGGGCAGGCUUGCACUGUACGAGGAGCCAGGCAAUGGCACCUACACCGUCAUCCUCAACCAGCUCACCACCCAGGACGCCGGCUUCUAUUGGUGUUUGACCAACGGCGAUACUCGCUGGAGGUCCAUGGUGGAGCUCAAGAUUGUGGAAGGAGAACCAAGCCUCAAGGUACCCAAGAACGUCAGGGCUUGGCUGGGAGAGACCCUCAAGAUUUCCUGCCACUUCCCCUGCAAAUUCUACUCCUAUGAGAAGUACUGGUGUAAGUGGAGCAACAGAGGCUGCAGGGCCCUGCCCAGCCGGGACGAAGGCCCCAGCCAGGCCUUUGUGAACUGCGACCAGAAGAGCCAGAUCAUCUCCCUGAUCCUGGACUCUGUCACCAGCGAGGACGAAGGCUGGUACUGGUGCGGAGUGAAGGAGGGCCACCAAUACGGAGAGACCGUGGCUGUCUAUGUGGCGGUAGAGCAGAGGGUGAAGGGGUCCCAAGAUGCCAGUGGAGUGAAUGCUGCUCCUGGUGAGGAGGCGAUGGAGCCGAGGGCCAGAGAGACUGAGAACAAAGUCAUUCUGGGUCCCAGCCUUUUUGCAGAGGAAAGAGCAGUGAAGGAUAUUGUAGUUCCAGCUGGUGGGAGUGGAGUACCCGCAGAUCCCAGCAGCUCUGCAGGACAAGGUGGGAGCUCCAAAGCACUGGUCUCCAUCCUGGUGCCCCUGGCCCUGGUGCUGGCUGCAGGGGCCAUAGUGAUUGGGGUGGUCAGAGCCCGACACAGGAAGAAUGUCGACCGGAUUUCAAUCAGAAGCUACAGGACGGACAUUAGCAUGUCAGACUUUGAGAACUCCAGGGAUUUUGGAGCCCAUGACAACAUGGGAGCCUCUCCAGACACUCAGGAGACAACUCUCGGAGGAAAAGACGAGUUCGCCACCACUACCAAGGAUGCUGUGGAGAAGGAAGAACCCAAGAAGGCGAAAAGGUCAUCCAAGGAGGAAGCCGACAUGGCCUUUACCACCUUCCUGCUCCAGACCAACAACAUGGCCACCGCCACCCAGGACGGCCCCAGAGAAGCCUAGACAGAGGCCUGGUUGCACCCAUCCCUCCGCACGUGGCAAUCACGUUCCGAAUCACGUUGAUCCUCGGGGCCCUGAGCUCCAGGCUCCACUCCCUGCACUCACACCCCACCUAGGCUUUUCCUACCUGUCCUCAGAGGGUAUGUUGGUCCCUUCUCGGUGGCAUCCAAGCCUGGCUUACUUGUUCCUGUUGGGGGUGAGGUGACAUGAGGCGUUCCCACCUACAGCUUAUUCCUAAUGAAAGAACUAAGGUGUGGAAGGAGAAUUAAGAUCUAAGGGGACCUUUCAGAAAGAAAAGGGACCACAGUGGGUGGGGAGACGAUUUCAGAAAGCCAUUCAGGGCUUCUCUGCACCCUUGUUUGGAGAUGUCAGUGGGAUUCUCCCUUCCACUCCAUCUCCGAAUCUCCCAAUCCCCCACUCCCUUCCAUCUUCUCUUCUUCUU